AUGGCGGAUCAGACUCCUGACAACUGGGAGGAUGAGCUCUCCAAGCAGACCGAGAGCGUCAACCUGAACGGACGCUCGAACCUACAAGCCCAGGCACCAGCCUUCAAUCCUGGGGCUGCUUCUUUCCAGCCUGGCGCUCCUGCCUUUCACCCUGGCCAACCGUACCAGCAGUAUGGAGGCUAUCCCCAGUACGCACAAUACGGACAACAGGGCUACUAUCCCGCCUACGACCAGCAAGGAUAUGGCCAAUACGGAGCGUAUGCCCAGCAACCAGGCAACUAUAAUCAGUACUACAAUGCACAGUAUGGAGGCUAUAAUAACCAAGGCAUGGGUUAUCAGCAACCGCCACAGCAACAGCAGCCGCAGCCGCAGCCGCAGCAGCAGCAACAGCAGCAACAGCAGCGUCCACAGCAGCAGCACAAACCGAAAGCUCCUGCGUCUGAUGCCCCAGCCACACAGUCCGCUCCCGCGGCGUCGAAGCCUGCCUCAAAUGCUUCUUCUACUGCUCAACCCAAGGCCAAAGUCCUGUCGAUCGGUGCUGAAACCGCUGCGGCCCCGAAGGCUAAAGCUGCCUCCAGUGGUAACCAGGCGUCUUCUGCGGCAUCCGGCAAAUCUACUCCUGCCACACAGACUACUAUCGCUCCUGGUGACACCCCUGGAGCUGCCGCUGCCGAAGCUGCCUCCAAGGUGACUGCUGCUAAAGCAAUUGAGAAGACCGAGAAGAAAGCAGAACAGAAGGCCGCUGCCGCCGGAAAGGCCUCUCCUGCCCCUUCUUCCGGUCGCUCUAGCCCAGGACGAUCCAGCCCCGCUCGCGCCGAAGGUGCCAAAGUCGCUCGGGAUGCCGAUGCAGUUGCCAAGGAACAGCAAGCCGAUGUUGAUGAGGAGACCCUGAGAGAAAUUUACGGAGAGAAACGGGAGCACGUCAACCUCGUCUUUAUCGGUCACGUCGAUGCUGGAAAGUCGACCCUGGGAGGUUCGAUCCUGUACGCGACCGGCAUGGUGGAUGAGCGUACGUUGGAGAAGUACAAGCGUGAUGCGAAGGAGGCCGGUCGUGAGACUUGGUACCUGUCCUGGGCUUUGGACCUGACCAACGAAGAGCGGGCCAAGGGCAAGACGGUAGAGGUCGGACGAGGCUUCUUCAAGACCACCUACCAGGGUCCCGAUGGCCCUGUCGAGCGCCACUUCACAAUCUUGGAUGCUCCGGGUCACAAGUCCUUCGUUCCCAACAUGAUUGGAGGCGCGUCCCAAGCAGACGUGGGUGUGCUCGUCAUCUCGGCCCGAAAGGGAGAGUACGAGACUGGAUUCGAGAAGGGAGGCCAAACUCGGGAGCAUGCUCUCCUGGCCAGGAACACGGGUGUCAGGAAGCUGGUCGUGGUGGUCAACAAGAUGGAUGACCCGACGGUGGAGUGGAGCAAGGCUCGAUUCGAGGAGUGUACCACCAAGGUCGCCAAGUUCCUGGAGGCGUUGGGUUACAAGAAGGAGGAUCUUACGUUCAUGCCUAUUUCUGCUCAAAAGACUAUCGGUAUCAAGGACCGGGUACCCAAAGACCUCGUGCCCUGGUAUGAUGGGCCGUCACUGCUCGAGUAUCUUACCCACAUGAAGAUGCCUGAGCGCAAGGUGAACGCGCCCUUCAUGAUGCCGAUCAGCGCCAAGUACCGCGAUAUGGGUACUGUGGUUGAAGGACGCAUCGAAUCGGGUGUGAUCAAGAAGAACGGCACCUACUUGAUGAUGCCGAACAAGGAGGAAGUUACCGUGGCGGCCCUUUACGGUGAAACCGAGGAUGAGAUUCAAACCGCCUCGUGUGGUGACCAGGUCCGGAUCCGUCUGCGAGGCAUUGAAGAAGAAGAUAUCCUGCCAGGCUUUGUCUUGUGCUCUCCCAAGCGUCCGGUUCACUGUGUCUCCGCAUUUGAGGCGAAGAUCAGAAUCUUGGAGCUGAAGAGCAUUCUCUCUGCCGGCUACAACUGCGUGCUUCACGUUCACUCUGCCAUCGAAGAAGUUACGUUUGCUGCUCUCCUGCACAAGCUGGAGCCUGGCACGGGCCGCAAGAGCAAGCGGCCGCCGCCUUUCGCGAGCAAGGGCCAGACUAUCAUCGCGCGUCUCGAAGUCACUGGCUCUGCGGGAGCGAUAUGUGUGGAGCGAUUCGAGGAUUAUAACCAACUCGGUCGGUUUACGCUGCGUGAUCAGGGACAAACCAUUGCGAUUGGUAUGAUCACCAAGCUUAUCACCAACGAGGAGAACGCGUAA